AUGAACCUGGCGGGGGUGCGUAGUAAAAUUUCGACUCACUGGGAAAAAAUCCUACUGACUCACGCUUACGGAAGGUCACUACUGGAUACCGGCUACUUUUCCAUGGAAAAUGCCGCUCGGGAAUGCAGCAAUGCUUUUUACCAGAAUUACACUAAGCGGAAAGCCUUUGGCGAACUGACUGAGAUUAUUGCCAACUGGAAACGUUCGCCCCCAAAAGACUGGACCGCCGCGGCGCAGAGCGUCCGCAACCGGGGAACAGAGUGUAAUCCUGCCACUUGGAUAACAGCGUUUCCCUUGUACUUUUACAAUCGGACGGAGCAGAUGAGUUACUCUGUAGACCGUGUAGCUCGACUUACCCACUCCUCCAAUGACGCCGCCGCUAGAGCACAGUUGCAGGCCUGCGCCAUUAGUCUGGUUCUAAAGAAUAAAAAGAUGAAGGAGCUUGAGUUUCUCGCCGCUCUUGUUGAAUACACUAACAAGUCUCUCCCCGAUUCUGUACGUCAGAAAUUUUAUACACGUAUGAUGAUGGUGCUGGACUACGCGCAACGCGCUGAACCGAAAGAGAAAUUGUUCAAAGCGAUUGGCGUUGGCACCAGCCCUUUGGACGCAGUUCCCGUUGCCAUUUGCUGUGCUGCCAUUGGCCGCCGCAGCGGAUGCCCUUUUGAAGCCACCUUUCAUGCGGCAAUGUCAACUGGAGGAUGCACUGAUGCCAUUGGGACCAUGGCUUGUGCCAUUGCAGGAGCCUGGUCCGGAUUCUCAGGUGUACCUGACGAAAUGGUGGGCAUGUGGGAUGGCCAGGAGCAGAUUUAUGCCUUGGCAAAAGAGCUGUACACAAGUAAGGACGGCACAACGGCGCUGAACGUGAACGUGCUGUGA